CAUGUAAUAUCAGACAAAAAAUAACAUGUGGAUCUCUCAUCCUUGAAAUCUCCGGUUGUUAUCCUUUCUUUCUCAUCUUUCACUAUCUUUUCCUCUAUAAACUCCCAAUUUAGCAACCAUUUUAUUAGUAAAAUUGCAGCAAUUUCCACUUUAAGAAGAACAGAAAAAAAACAGAUGGUUCUAACACAUUCACAACAAAAGAAUUACGGCCAAGAUAUGAAGGAAUCAGCAAUACUAUCAUGUAAUAAUAAUAAUAAUAAUAAUAAUAAUAUGAUAACAAUCAAAGGAAUGAUUGGGUUGAUAAUGUCUCAGAUUGAUGAUAAUAAUGAGAUAAAGAAAGAAGUAAUAUCGUUAGGAAUGGGAGAUCCAACUGCAUAUUCUUGCUUUACAACCUCUCAUUUAGCUCAAGAUGCUGUUCUUCGUACAUUAUCUUCAGCGAACUUUAAUGGUUAUGCUCCCACUCAAGGUCUUCCUACCACCAGAAUGGCGAUAGCUGAUUACCUAUCUCGUGAUCUGUCAUACAAGUUAACCAUGAACGAUGUAUUCGUUACAUCCGGAUGCACAAAUGCCAUAGAUAUAGCACUGUCGAUACUGGCUCGUCCAGGUGCUAACAUAUUGGUGCCUAGACCAGGCUUCCCAAUCUACGAACUUUGUGCUUCCUUUAGACAACUUGAAGUUAGGCACUUCAACCUUCUGCCUACCAGGGUCUGGGAAGUAGACCUUGAUGCUGUUGAAUCUCUUGCUGAUGAGAAUACAGUUGCAAUUGUUAUUAUCAACCCUGGAAAUCCUUGUGGAAAUGUAUACUCAUACCAACACUUGCAACGGAUUGCAGAGGUAGCAAAGAAGCUAGGAAUUUUAGUAAUUGCUGAUGAAGUUUAUGGGCAUCUUGCUUUUGGGAAAAACCCAUUUAUAGCAAUGGGAACAUUUGGAUCAAUUGCUCCUGUUUUGACUCUUGGAUCAUUGUCAAAGAGAUGGUUAGUCCCUGGUUGGCGACUCGGUUGGCUCGCUGUAACAGAUCCCACUUGCAUGUUCAAGCAGCCUAAGGUCAUGCAGCGACUGAAAAAAUACUUUGACAUAUAUGGAGGACCACCAACAUUUAUUCAGGCGGCAGUUCCACAAAUCCUGGAGGAAACAGAUGAUAUUUUCUUCAAGAAAAACAUUAAUCUUCUAAACCAAACAUCAGAACUGUGUUUCGAGGGUAUAAAUAAAAUACCCUGCCUCAGUUGUCCUCAAAAACCAGAUGGCUCCAUGGCAGUAAUGGUAAAAUUGAAUCUUUCAUUAUUUAAUGACAUUACCGAUGAUAUCGACUUCUGCUUUAAGUUGGCUAAAGAGGAAUUUGUUAUCAUUCUUCCCGGCGUUGUAGUGGGAAUGAAAGAUUGGCUUCGAAUCACGUUUGCAGUUGAGCCUGCCUCUCUUGAAGAAGCAAUACAAAGGAUAAGUUGUUUCUGUCACAGGCAUGCUUAUCAACUGGAUACAAACUUUUGAGCUUACAUUGUAUUUAUACCGUAGCUAUUUAUAUUGUUAAAAAUUGUGAAUACAGUGAAGUGAACAAAGGAAGUAGUAAAGAAAUUUAGAGGUAUUGCUUGUAUACAACAGUUUAUUACAACUUUUGAAAGUACACUUAGUUUUGCUAAAUCAACUUGUAAAGAGACAAAGUAGACUUCCUCUAUUUGGUUGCAUAGUGACCUUGAAGUGGAUGGCUUGUAUGGUAGAACAAUUUCUACGAACGCUUCUUGAAUCCGACUCACCAAACCCGGAUAGGGUAUCGAUUAUUGUUGGAGUUUGGUGUGACUUUGAGUGCACCAAUGGAGUAUGAUGAUGUGAUGGUGUAUGGAUGUGUGUGGGUAUGUGUAUGAUGAUGUAGAGAGGUGUUUAAGGGCUGCUCGACUGGUAUACACUUCUGCUCGAUCGAGUGAACAAGCUCGACCAAGUCAGUAGUUGUUCUGAUCCUCUGCUCACCAAGAAUUGAUCCGCUCGACCAGGAUCCCAUUUCGCUCGACCAGUCGAGCGAGGCCCAGCAGCACACUUUGUUUCUUGCACGAUAAGUUUAUACGGGAAUGUUUUAUUAUGGGCCUUCUCCCAAUCAUUUGUAAAUGACUUCUAGUAUAAAUAGGAGUCCCUACACUCACUCCAUACAUGAUUCUAAACUCUAGCCAAACACAAACCCUGUCUUUCUCUUUUCUUCUUCUCCAAGUGUAUUACUCCAUUGUAAGAGUUCUUGAGAACUCCAUUGAUUCUUCAAAUAAUACAAUCAAGCUAACCACCACCGAGGACGUAGCCCACAUUGAGGUGAGCCUCGUAAA